AUGAAGUUUGGUGCACAACAAACAGAUGAUGGGGAUGAAGUCAUAGCCACCUAUAAUGUCUACUCAUCCCCCAUGUUGCAACAUCAAUUACAUAUAUUUCAAUUUCCACUGAGGCGAAAGAUGCGACCGUACGAGGCAAGUGAUGUGCAACUCUUCGCUACUGAAGGGGUAAUGCAAGCGGAAGAUACAUCAUCUCUAUUAACAUCCUCUGCAACAAGAGGAACAGAAACAACAUCUAAUGCCCAUGGACAAGGGACUUCAUCCAAUAUGAUUCUACGACCCUCAUCAAGAUUAACAAUGCAUUGUCGUAUUGAUACCUUUGGUUCAAGUUCUUUUGCAGAUCCACCGCCACAACAACAACAACAAUUGGAUAAUGCAUCAGGAAGAGGAGAACAACAACAACAACAAAGACAUUCUUAUCACUACGCAUUACAAUCACAACCCUUUCAAUCACGAUGUGAUUACGCUGUUGGUUUUAUUGUGGAUGGAGCCAUUCACCUCACUCCUGUCAGUACUAUUCAGCAGUUUACACCAAUUGUAAAACCAACAUCAUUUAAUACUGUCCAUCGUGUGGGUGAGGCCUUUGUGAGUGCACCCUCUAUGGCGAUUGUCCCCGGCCUCACCAUCUCAGACCGCAUUAAUCGUGAGAUGCUACGACAGCGCAGUGUCAUGUUAAACACAGAUGCCGAUUCUGCAAAGGAAUUACAAUAUUUUCCCAUCAACUCUGUCGAGAGUAUGGCGAUGCGACGUCGUCUCUGGUCACCGGUGUAUGAUGCCGCGCCGAUUGCACGUGCAGCCGCCACUCAGCGUGUAAAGACACGAACAGAAGACAGUCUUUUCCCACCAGAGCUUCUCGUUUCGGGUGGAAUCACUGGAGGCGAAGGAGCGGCCACUGCAGGCAAUCUCCUCCGGCGAUACGCCGAUCGUCACAGUGUGAUGGAUCAAGUACUCGUACUCCUACGGCGAUGUCAGGUAUUGACAUUUGAAGAACUACGCGAGUUAAUUGUUCCACCCGAUCAGGCAUUCAUUCCCUCAUCACCUGUAUCACGUCAACAACCACAACAACAACAACAGGAACAACAACAACAACAUCAGGUGAAGGAUGAACAACUUCUUGAGGCACUACGAGAAGUGGCAGUUUGGAUGCAUGGAGUGUGGGUCUCCAAGACGGCUCCUCGCUUUAAAGGACCUGUAGCCGCAUUACGUGAAGUUAUUCUCCUUCACUUCUUUGAAAGCCCAGAUGCUACAGUCACACGUGCAAGUUUAAACGCUCUUGUUACCAGCAAUGUACUUCGACGAACUGUAAAGGAAGUAUUGGAGAGUGUUUCCUCACUUAAUAAGGAUGAACCAGAUCCUUCUAAACGGGUUUGGCGUCUUUGGCAUGUGCCUUCUUCUUCAGAAGCGCGAAAGGCGAUGAUACAGGCUUCCGAAAGUAUAUGUCCGCAGGAAAUCACAUUUCAACGAAUGCAAUGGGAAAAGUUUAAACCUUAUAUAAUGUCCCAUUUGAAUGCCAUUAAUGCCGGACAAUCUGUACCCCGUCUUCUUUUCACUACUCGUAGAAAUGAUGUGAGUGGUGAUAUUGCAAAUAUUACCGGUACAGCUGCUGCUGCUGCUGCCGCUGCGACAACAAGUGUCAAUCCUGCUUCUUUUAAAGAUGAAGAUAUUGCACCUAUUGUAGGGUAUAUUCGAAGACUAUUUCUAGAACACGGUGUGUUAAAUAAACAACGUGCAAAAGAACUUGUAAUGAAAGCGAAACAACAACAUUACCCAGAUGCAACAAAUCCAAUGCUGAGUGCAGCUUUGCAGCGGUGUGUGCAACCGUUUACAAAUGCCACCUGGGUCUUGAAAACACUUGGCGAACCAGAAGUGGAUCGUCAUCGACCGUUGAUAUUAGAGACCGUACUGGAACUUGUUAACUUUGAGACUCGUGCUUUUCAUGCGUUACUGGAAGAGAAACAACAACGUCUGCGCACUGGCAGUUCCAGUGGUGGGGAUGAUCAAGCGGGUGGUGGUGGUGGUGGUGGUGAGGACUUGCAGAAAGUCAUCUCACGUGUAUUGGCAGAGGUGGCCGUGUAUAAACAACACGAGAGGUUGUGGCAUCUCAAGAGUGGCAAUGUGAUCAUCGAGUAA